UUCGAAACCGCGUAUGAUAAUCAGGCCAAAGCGAUAGUGUCUGGGAGAGAACUUCACGAUUUAUUUUUACUUAUUCUGUUCUGAACUUUUAUGAUGGUUGUGCUUGAUGAUACGAAAGAAACAUUUAUUUUCGACGAGAUUAACGAUGAGGAACUUAGGGAAGAACGUCGCAGAACAGGAAGAUAUGUGGCCACCGGAACAGCAAUUUUUCUGUCGCUCCUGGGCUUGAACCAGUCUUUAGCUAGAGGAAAUCCCGAAUAUGCUGCCUUAUUCCUGCCUGCCUUAAUUAUGUUCUUUUACGUUCUCUGGAGGAUAAGGAAGACGAACAAGGAUAAUCAGGAGGAGAAUCCCCCCAACGAAAUUCAAGUUAUCCAGAACAUUCCAAUCCAUCAACCAGAUCUUCAAGAGCCGCAGAAAGAACAACAUAAGAAAAAUAGUUUCAGAAGGAAUUCCAAGUUUAUGUUUUCAAGAUCAUAUUCCGUCGCUUGAUAUUAGCAGUAAGAUUUUCACCUGAGUUAAUUAAGUGAUAGAAAAUUGAAAAGUCAAAAGGCUUGAGAAUUUGUAGUUUUUAUAAACCUCAAAUUGACAACAAUUACUAACAGCCCAGGCAAAUUAGAGUUUUGGUUUCUAAAAAUUGCUAAGAAGCUUUCAAAUGACGGAGGGCAUCUCAAAUAUCAGUAAAGUGAAGUUUGCGACAAUUUUCUGUCAGGGCUUAACUUU